AUUUCGCGCUGAUAUGACGAACAAAAGCACAGACGCACCGUUAAUUGCAGUUCAGUCGGUUAUCGGCGCUGUCACACAACACUUCGCUCACACAAAGUGUUAGUUUCUAAGAAAAAUUUCGAAAAUGUUAACUGAAAUUCUAUUGUGCAUUUGUGCCGUGGUGUGCCUAUAUUUAUCCUAUAGUUAUGCAGUCGGUCGUCCUGAAGGAUUUCCGCCGGGACCUCCACGCAUACCGUUCUUCGGCAGCUAUUUAUUCAUGAUGCUGGCGAAUGCCAAAUAUUUACAUAAAGGUGUGCUGAAAUUUAGUAAAUGGUAUAAAUCAGAUAUUGUGGGCUUUCAUGUUGGCCCAUUUCCUGUUGUUGCGGUGCAUAAUGUAGAGGGUGUGCGUGAAGUUUUGAAUAGAAAGGAGUUUGAUGGACGCGCUCAGGUGUAUCUGGGUGAAAUACGUUCGCCGAGUAAACAAAUUUUGGGUAUUUUCUUCCGUGAAGGACCGGUCUGGAAGGAACAACGUCGCUUCAUAUUGCGUUUUCUACGCGACUAUGGUUUUGGUCGACGUUUCGCCGAAUUGGAGUCGGUCAUACAAGAGGAGAUCAAUGAUCUUCUGGAUCUAAUACGUAAAGGGCCACGGUAUCCACACGAACAUGAGCUCUCCAAAGUAGGAGGCCAUCGCAUUUGUAUACCAAAUAUACUUAGUCCCUUCGUGGCAAAUUCAUUUUUUCACAUUGUCAUAAAUGAACGCACCCCACGCGCUGAGCAAGCGGAUCUACUGAAAUUGGUGAAGAUGGGUAUGCAAUUUCAGCGUAAAGCUGAUGAUUAUGGCAAAAUAUUGAGUAUAAUGCCAUGGAUACGCCAUAUCUUUCCGAAGGCCAGCUCAUAUGAAGCACUCAUGGAGUCGAAUACCUAUAUUUAUAAUUAUUUUGAAAAAAUCGUCGACUAUCAUUUACGCACCUACGAUGAGUGUAGUGAACGUAAUUUCAUCGACUUGUAUAUUAAACAAAUGAAACAGGAACACGCUAAUGGGCAUACAGAUUGCUACCAUCGUGAACAGUUCAUUCUGAGUUUGGCCGAUUUUUCGUUCCCCUCAUUCUCAGCAGCCGGCGCACAAAUGGGAUUUCUGAUACAAUAUUUCUUGCACUAUCCGGAAGUGUUGAAGCGCGUACAAGCGGAAAUUGAUGCGGUGGUGGGCAGUGGACGUUUGCCAACAUUGGAAGAUCGCCAGAAUUUACACUACACUGAGGCCACUUUGCGUGAAGGCAUGCGCAUUGAGACUUUGGUGCCAUCCGAUUUGCCGCACAAAGCUUUGGUGGACACUGAGCUUAUGGGCUAUAAGAUACCAAAGGAUACUAUUGUGGUGCCUGGUCUCUACGCUUUUCACUCGGAUCCACGUGUGUGGGGUGACCCGCAAAACUUUAGACCUGAACGUUUUUUGGACGACAAUGGUAAAUUGUGUUUGAAGAAAGAUAUUACGCUGCCGUUUGGUGCGGGUAAACGUCUCUGUGCCGGCGAGACUUUCGCUCGAAAUAUUAUGUUUUUAGUGAUAACAGCGCUGUGUCAAAAUUUCAACUUUGUAUUGGCCCCUGGGGAUAAAUUGCCCGAUAUGUCGAAAAAUCUGAGUGGUCUGUCUACAACACCAUUGGACUUCUGGGUGCAAGUGGAGGAAAGAAAGUGAAAUGCUGUUUUUGUUAUUGUUAAUUACAUUUGUAAAUAUGUUUAAUAAUUUGAAAAGAAAAGGCUGAAAGUUGGGUUUUAUAUUAUUACUGUAUUAUUUAUACAAAUAAAUAUAUACUUAUAAAAAGGAAAAUUCAAAUUACAAAA